UUGAGUUAGUGCAUGCCCAGUUAACAGGGCACUUCCCUUCUCUCUCUGUCUCUGUAUUUUGCAUUCUUUCUUUAUCAGAAUAAGCCAAAGAGCCAAAGAUACUCUAUCUAGAACCCGAAAACAUAAAGAAAACAUAUCAUGAAGUUUCAAGGGCAACCCAAAAAUAAAACCUAACCUCCAAACAAAACAUUAACUCUCUCUCUCUCUCUCUCUCUCAUCUUUUGCUUCUCUCUCUGAAACACGGCCAUAAUAUUAUAUAGAUUCGAUAUCUGCAAUUUCAAGAACUAUUCUCUUUAUUAAUAUUCGUUUGUUGUUUCAUGUUUGCUCUUGAUUUUUAACACAUCUUUGGAGGUUCUAUCCACAUACAUAAAACACACACUUUAAGACCUCCAUUGGACCUUAAUUUUUUUUUUCCUUGAACUGGGAGGGCGUUUAUCCAUCUGGAUGGUGCUAUUUAUUUUGCUUCAAGAACGAAAAUUCACUAGCUUCUAAAAAAGUCUAGAACAACCUGUGAUGGAUCUUCAUGGUGUGAUUCACGACAACCCAAUCAAGAGAGAUUCAUGGAAGACUGUGUUAACUUUGGCUUAUCAGAGUUUAGGUGUUGUCUAUGGAGAUUUAAGCACUUCUCCAUUGUAUGUUUACAAAAGCACUUUUGCGGAGGAUAUUCAGCACUCAGAGACCAAUGAGGAGAUUUAUGGGGUCUUAUCUUUCGUUUUUUGGACAUUGACACUAAUUCCACUAGUUAAAUAUGUUUUUAUUGUGCUUAGAGCUGAUGAUAAUGGCGAAGGUGGCACUUUUGCUUUGUAUUCAUUGCUUUGCCGCCAUGCCAGGGUUAGCUCCAUACCCAAUUGCCAGCUUGCAGAUGAGGAGCUAUCAGAGUACAAGAAAGAUGGGUCUGUGUCCAAUGACAAGAGUGUUAAUGGGUCUAGUCUGAAAUCAACUCUGGAGAAGUGUAGAGUAUUGCAAAGGGUGUUGCUAGUUUUGUCUUUGAUUGGGACAUGUAUGGUCAUUGGGGAUGGAGUCCUCACACCCGCAAUUUCUGUUUUCUCAGCUGUGUCUGGGCUGGAGCUAUCCAUGUCAAAAGAGCAGCAUCAGUAUGUUGAACUGCCAGUUGCUUGUGCAAUACUUAUAUUUUUGUUUGCCCUUCAACAUUAUGGAACCCACCGGGUAGGGUUCCUUUUUGCACCUGUUGUGAUUACAUGGCUGUUAUGCAUAAGUGCUAUUGGUGUUUACAAUAUUUUGCACUGGAAUCCCCAUGUUUACCAAGCACUGUCCCCAUACUACAUGUACAAAUUUUUAAAGAAGACCCAGAGGGGUGGUUGGAUGUCCUUGGGUGGGAUUUUGUUGUGUAUAACAGGCUCAGAAGCUAUGUUUGCUGAUCUUGGGCACUUCUCACAGUUGUCAAUCAAGAUUGCUUUCACCUUUGUGGUUUACCCUUCCUUGAUUCUUGCAUAUAUGGGACAAGCUGCUUAUCUUUCUAAGCAUCAUAUCAUAGAAACUGAUUACCGGAUUGGUUUCUAUGUAUCUGUACCUGAGAAAAUAAGAUGGCCAAUUCUAGCAGUGGCCAUUCUUGCAGCAGUGGUGGGAAGUCAAGCAAUAAUUACUGGCACUUUUUCAAUAAUCAAACAAUGUUCAGCUCUUGGUUGCUUUCCAAAGGUCAAAAUUGUUCACACUUCAUCGAAAAUACAUGGGCAGAUUUACAUUCCAGAUGUCAACUGGACACUAAUGCUGUUAUGUUUGGCUGUUACCAUUGGUUUCAGAAACACAAAACACAUGGGAAAUGCUGCAGGUUUGGCAGUUAUAACUGUAAUGCUUGUAACAACCUGCCUAAUGUCUCUGGUCAUGGUCUUAUGCUGGCGCAAAAAUGUCUUUCUAGCAAUUUGUUUUAUAUUCUUCUUUGGCUCUAUUGAAGCUCUCUACUUCUCAGCAUCCCUUAUCAAGUUCCUUGAAGGGGCCUGGGUACCUAUUGCCCUCUCAUUUAUCUUCCUAGUUGUCAUGUAUGUGUGGCACUAUGGAACACUAAAAAAAUAUGAAGCUGAUGUUCAAAAUAAGGUCUCCAUCAACUGGCUCCUCAGUCUAGGUCCCAGUCUCGGAAUUGUCAGGGUUCGAGGGAUUGGCCUCAUACAUACUGAGCUUGUCUCUGGGAUCCCAGCUAUAUUCUCUCACUUUGUCACCAAUCUUCCUGCUUUCCACCAGGUUGUAGUCUUCCUCUGCAUCAAAUCUGUUCCAGUACCACAUGUUAGACCUGAGGAAAGGUUCUUGGUGGGAAGAGUUGGUCCAAAGAGGUACCGUCUAUACAGAUGCAUUGCACGUUAUGGUUACCGCGAUGUUCACAAGGAUGAUGUGGAGUUUGAGAAAGAUCUUGUUUGUAGUAUUGCAGAAUUUAUCAGGUCAGAAAAGCCUGAAUUUAACAUGGGAAUAGAAGAUUUGGGAGACGAUGAAAAAAUGACAGUUGUUGGGACUUUAUCAUCAAAUUUCGAAGGGAUUAAACUGUGUGAAGAUGAUGCUUAUUCUUCUGAUAUGAUAGGAACUUCAGAGAUGAGGGAGAUACAGUCUCCCAAACGGACAAGAAAGAGAGUGAGGUUUAUUGUGCCAGAAAGUCCACAGAUUGACAUGGAGGUGCAAGAGGAGUUACGGGAGUUAAUGGAAGCAAGGGAAGCAGGAAUGGCAUUUAUUCUCGGGCACUCAUACGUGAGGGCAAAGAGAGGAUCAAGUUGGAUGAAGAAGGUAGUGAUUAAUUAUGGGUAUGAUUUCUUGAGAAAAAAUUCCAGGGGACCAACUUAUGCUUUGAGCAUACCUCAUGCUUCAACUCUAGAGGUGGGAAUGGUCUACUUUGUCUAAUUCAAGCUAUACAACAUAGCUACAAACGCAACAAAAAUAUUCUGCAAUUUUCUGAUUGCUGUAUAUGAUAGAGCUGUGUUAAUUAUUUCCCUUCCUAAUAGCAUGUGGUCUGAUAUGAAUCAAUAGAACUCCUACGCAUAUGCAAAUCAAGGCACCUCACCACAUACAUAGCUGUGUGUAUGUGUGGAUUCAUAUAUUUUUGUUAAAAAAGAGAAGGAUUUUCCAAGUAUAUGUGAGA